ACUCUCGGGGUUUUACUCUCGGUCAUGUUGCUGUCAUAUUUGACCAAUUUUUCAGCCUCAGACAUCCAGCAUGACACUUGUUUCUUCAUCUCGCUCCUCAUCUCUCUACUGGCUGCCCCGGGCCUGAGUCUGCUUCUGUUUCUAGAGCAACGGCGGUCUCAAAAACCUUCUGAUCUUGGUACCCUAUACCUUCUAGCAUCAAUUUUGUGCGAUGUUGUGGUCUUGACUGUGCCCUCUGGGGCCGCUGAACGUAUGGAGAUUUCACGUCCCGUACUUAUUCGAUGUUGUAUGGAUGCUGCUAUUUUGCUAUUUGAGUGCUGCGGCAAGCGUUCGGCAUUCAGUGCUGUCAACAAGCACCAGUCUCCCGAAGAGCUCAGUGGCGUUUUGAGCAGGGCCUUGUUUACUUGGAUCAACCCCAUUCUUCUCCGGGGGUACAGGAAUAUCCUUAUCGACCAAGAUUUGCCUCCCCUCAGUGAAGAUAUGAAGCCAGAGACCACAAGAAAGAAAAUACUUCAAAUAUGGUCUCAGAGAGCAGCCAGGCCCGAGACAAGAAAAACCUUGCCCCUAGCGUUACUGAAAGCUGUGAAGAAACCAUUUCUUGUUGCAAUUAUGCCUCGACUAUUCUUGAUCGCCUUCCGAUAUUCACAACCUACUCUAAUCAAGCGGUCUAUCAGAUAUGUCUUAACAUAUUCUGCUGGUGCACAGAGCAACCUUGGUUAUUGGCUUGUUGUGUCGGCCGCGAUUGUCUAUGUCGGCCUUGCCAUAGCCACAGCUGUAUACCAGCAUUGCAUAAACAGGCUGAAACUCCUUACGAGGAGUGCUCUUGUGGGACUUAUUCAUGACAAGACCAUGAAAUCCCCUAGCAUAGCUAACGACAAUGGCGAGGCUACUACACUUAUGAGUACCGACGCAGAUAGUCUCGACGGGAUUGCCGAGAUGGUCCACGAAGUAUGGGCACAAGUCGUCGAAGUGAUAAUUGGUAUAGUUCUUCUGAGUAGUGAAGUCGGCUGGAUUUGGCCUCUUCCGCUCUUCCUUAUCUAUAUGUGUUCCCAUGUGAGUCGAUUCGUCGCAAAACAACUGCAUCCUCGUCAAAAGGCUUGGAAUAAUGCAACACAAAGUCGUGUGGCUGCGACAAGCUCAAUGAUUAGCGCAAUGAAAACCAUUAAGUUGCUCGGUUUUCAGCAGUACCUUAGCAAUCGCAUCCAAGAGCUUCGGAAAGAAGAGCUUUAUGCGGCAUCCAAACUCAGAUGGUUGAUGGUAUACUAUAAUGCUUCUGCCAAUGCGCUUGGGAUAUUCUCUCCAUCUAUUACACUAGUUGUAUUUGCUGUGAUAUCAGGGGUGCGUGGCCAGAAUUUAGAUACCGAAACUGCGUUCACUACCGUAGCCAUUUUAACUAUGGUUACACAUCCUGCAAACAUGGUAAUGACCAUUGUCCCGCGUGCAGUUGCAUCAUUCGCUGGAUUCGAUAGGAUCCAAUCAUUUUUGCUUCGGCCUUCUUUACGAGCUAGCCGGGUGACACUGCCAAAAGCCAGCUCGAACCAGUUCUCUCGGGAUCCGGCAUCUGGCGAAUUGACAAAACCUAGCCCUGCUAUUCUAAUCCAGCAACUGGGAAUUGGUGACAAGCAGCUUAUCUUGCAGGAUAUCAACCUUGAAGUGCCAGCUGGAUCAGUGUCCAUAAUCUCAGGCCCGACUGGAAGCGGCAAAUCGACUCUGCUGCGUGCUAUGCUUGGAGAGGUAGUCCCUGCCCGUGGAACGAUUAUGUUGUCAACACGACGAAUAGCAUAUUGUGCUCAAAGGUCGUGGCUUCCUAGCGGUAACAUCAAAGAGGUCAUCCAAGGUACUGCUGAACAAGAUGAUGAUACAUGGUAUCACGAAGUAACAAAUAUGUGUUGUCUUACCCAUGAUUUCAGUUCACUUCCUGAGGGAGAUCAGACACAUAUUGGCAGUCGCGGGCUCAAUUUGUCUGGCGGGCAGAGGCAGCGGGUUGCACUCGCCCGUGCGUUAUUUGCGAGAUGCGACAUAGUCCUAUUAGAUGACACUUUCAGCGGGCUGGAUGGUGAGACAGAGAAAUCUGUUUUUGACAAUUUAUUUGGACCUACAGGCUUGUUUCGGCGGUUGAAGACUACCGUGGUGCUGGCCUCCAAUUCGACUCAGUACUUCCAAGCUGCUGAUCACAUUGUGGUUUUGGGAGAUCACGGGAUCAAAGAGCAAGGGAAUUGGCAAACUAUUGAGGGGAAAGCUUCGUCCAUAGCAAAGUUCACUUCCAGCUCCCAAAGCAAGUACAAUAUUAGCCAAUCGGCCAACUUUGAUAAGCUCAGCGCCCAGACUCGAGCAAAAGAUGAGGCUGAGGUAGAUCUUGCUAGACAAACUGGAGACUCAGCUCUUUACAGCUACUACUUUGGUUUUGUUGGCUUGACCAACCUUGUUCUUUAUGUUACUUUCACUUUAUCAUAUUCAUUUUUCUUCACCAUUCCCCAAUACUGGCUUCAGCUGUGGACUGAAUCGAGUGGCAGUAACACAGUGUUCUAUACUUGUGGAUUUCUCUUCCUAUCAGUCAUGUCGUGGUCUACAACAAAUGGUAUUAUGUGGUCCAAUGUUAUUCGACUUGCCCCACAAUCUGGGAUGCGACUACAUCAACGCCUCUUAUAUAUUGUAACAAAUGCACCGCUGUCUUAUUUUUCCAAAACUGAGAAUGGCUCUAUCUUGAAUAGAUUUAGUCAAGACAUUCAGCUCAUCGACAAACAGUUGCCAACAGCGCUUUCGAAUAUAAUGGCUCAGACCUUCAAGCUCCUCAUGCAAAUCGUUCUUCUUUUCAUUGCCCAGAAAUGGCUUACAAUGUCUCUACCGGGCUGUAUGCUCAUCGUCUACGUCAUUCAGAAGGUAUAUCUUCGGACGUCAAGACAACUUCGAUUUCUGGAACUAGAAUCUCGGGCAGGGGUCUUCUCGAGUUUCUUAGAAUCUGUCGAGGGUCUCGAAACUAUCCGGGCAUUCGAUUGGUCUGAAGAGGUGAUUCAAGACAACAUCCUUUGCGUAGAGAAGUCCCAGCGGCCUGAAUUUCUCCUCUUCUCCCUCCAAAGAUGGCUUAACCUCGUCCUGGAUCUCUUGACUGCGGUCAUCGCAACAAGUGUUGUUGCUAUAGCCGUAGCGUAUCGAGGGCGUAUCAGUGGCGGGCAAGUUGGAAUCGCGCUCAAUAUUAUGCUCGUCGCGAACUCGACAUUACUGAAGCUUGUGGAGAACUGGACUACGCUGGAGAUUUCUCUCGGUGCUAUUGCUCGCUUGAAAAUGCUAGAGAGUAUGACUUCAGCCGAGGGCGAUGAGAUUGGAAAUUUAGACCCCCCGAACGACUGGCCUUCCAUAGGACAAGUCGAAUUCAAGGACAUCACUACGUCUUAUCACACCAAGUCACUUGCUUUGCGAAACAUAAGCCUAAAUAUUAACGCUGGCCAGAAACUGAUCAUCUGCGGGCGUACGGGAAGUGGCAAAAGCACGUUGCUUCUAACCCUCUUACGGAUCCUGGAGUUGCAAACUGGCAAGAUUGAAAUAGAUGGCAUUGAUAUUAAGCAUGUGAGGCUAGAUGUGUUGCGAGAAAGGUGUUUCAUCGCAGUAUCUCAAGACCCUCUGCUUUUGUCGAACGAAACCUUGCGCUUCAAUCUAAACCCAGAUGCCUCCGUCUCGGACGAGAUUGUCACCGACGCGUUGAGAAAGACGGGACUCUGGUCACAUUUCUUUAUAGGUGAGAGGCAUCUGGGAGAAGAGACAGGCCACGCCAUCGAUAUCUCAGAACUUGGCCAACAUGCCGUUUUCGACAAAAAGCUCUUACUGUUCCAGGAACUCUCUGUAGGACAGUGCCAACUAUUCGCACUCUGCCGGGCACUCAUCAAAGCCAUCUCGUUAAGAUGUACUGGAGCCAAACCUGUGGUUCUUUUAGACGAAGUUACAUCAUCGCUUGAUUCUGAUACAGAAUCUAUCAUCCAUCGUGUGAUUGACGAGGAGUUCACCGGGAAUGGCCAUACUGUCAUCAUUGUUGCUCAUAGACUCAGCGUCUUGAAUGAACAUACGAAGACUGGAAGGGACGCUGUGGCUUUUAUGGGGGAUGGGAGAUUACUGGAGGUUAUUACGGACCUGCAGCCGUCGACCUUACGACUUCUUGGAGAAGAUGAAUAG